AUGGUAUGCAAAUUUGUUGUCUACUUAUGUCUGCUGUUAUUCUCAAUGCUGUUUGCAUUACGAGUGGACAACACGAUUGUCAUCUCGUAUUGGCUGGUAUUCACUCCAUUAUGGCUGUGGAAGUGUUUGGUGAUCGUCGGAGCACUCAUUGGAACCGUUGUAUGGAUUCGUAACCCAGACUAUCGCCAAUCGGACAACUCUUACAUUCACUUCAAAUCAAUGCUAAUAAGUCUUUCGCUUCAGUUAUUGUUAUUAAUGUUUGAGUUAUUAGUUUGUGAUAAACUGGAAUCUGGGCGACACUUCUGGAUCUUGGCGUUCAUUCCUCUGGUGUUCAUCUCGUUGUUGUCGAUAGCGGUGUGCAUUUGGUCGCUCAAGAAUGACCGCGCCUUCGAGAUGGAGCUGUUCUGCUCCGUCAAUAUC